GGUAUCAGGGCAGGGGCGCCGGGGGUGCUGCGGCCGUCCCCGCUGCGUUCUCGAGUGCCCUAUCAGUUGACUCAGUCGGCAUUGGUUGCGCCGCGAGUGUCACCGCGGCGAACGCGGCGUGACGGCGACUGUCUGACCGCUGAGAGAAAUACUGGGAAGGAGCUGUGCGGAGCCGCUCGCUGUCCAAGAGUCACUCGCCGGCCGCCAUAGACUCCGCCUGGAGUUGCUCGCUGUCCGAAAUUACUCGCCGGCCGCCCCAGACCCCGUCCUGAGUUACUCGCCGGCCGCCACAGGUUCCGUCCGGAACCCUCGCUGGUCGUCACAGUCCCCCGGUCGGAGUUACUCGCCGGCCGCCACAGCACUCCGCCCGCCACCAUGGUCGACCACUAUGCCGUCCUGGAGGUCUCCAAAACGGCCACCACCGAAGAAAUCAGGAGCUCGUUCCGCCGCCUGGCCAGGAAAUGGCACCCGGACAGGAACCCCAACAACCGGGAGGAGGCGUCCAAAAAGUUUCGCCAGCUCUCCGAGUCUUACGAAGUUCUCUCCAAAGGCGAGAAGCGUCGAAACUACGAUCGUGUCCGAGACCUGACAGGCGGCAGCGGGCUCGCUGAGGGCGUCCGAGUCGUUCUUGGUGACGGUCUUGGGGGAAGUGAGAUGCCUGGUUUCAGACAGUUCAUGCAGGACAUGGAAAAUGGCACCCUGCCAUCACAGCUCCAGCAACUUUUGUCUGGAUUGAAAGGGUUGGUCGACGGCCUGGACGUCUCAGAACUAGCCAGGGCGGCGAGCAGAAGCGCCAGAGAGACCAGAGAGACGUCUCCUAAAAAGUCCGACAGCGACAGUGACAGCGACAGUGACAGUGACAGCGACAGUGACAUCGAAGACAACGACGCUACCGCCGCCGCCGCGGCUGCCGAAGCGAGGUCCGCCGCGGCCCCCGACACCAAAGCUACUACCACCGCUCCGGACGCCCCAAAAACAGCCACCACCACCACCGCCACUGCCACCGACCCUUCUACAGCUGCUACCACAACCGCCGCCUCAGCUGAAUCUUCCAAAGCAACCGUCACAACCACCACGGCUGGCGGUGCAAAAACAACCGUCACAACCACCACUGCUGACGCAACUAAAACUUCCACCACCAAAACUGCCACCACAGCUUCCACCACCGCUGCCGACGCCCCAAAAACAACCGUUACAACCACCACGGCUGAUGCAGCCAAAACUUCCACUAGCAGUAGCACCGCCAGCACCACCACCGCCACCACAGGCGACUCGGCCAAAACACCCAACCCAGCCAAAACUUCCAACACAGCCGACGCAGCCAAAAUAUCCAGCACAGCCGGCGCAGCCCAGACUUCCAGCACAGCCGCCGCCGGUGACCGUGACGCUGCCGCCGCGCGACUGUUGGCGGAGCGCCGCGAGAGGCUGGCGGCGGCUGCGGAGGCACGGAUGAAGGCCAAUUCAGCAGAGGUGACUGAUAAAACAACGGAACGGAAGGCAGCGGCCGCUGAAGACCAGCACAGAGUGACCAGGAAAUCAGAUGGAGAACGAGCUGAAAAUAAGCCAAAAGAGAUAAAACGGCAGAAAAGUCGAAAAGAGAGAGGAAGGCGGAGAGGACGGAAAAAGAUAAAGCGGCAAAAAACUCGGGAGGCAAAAGUUCGGCGAAAAAGGAUAGAGCGAUGUCAGAGGAGCGACAGGACAAGUAUAGAAAGGCAGAUAAGACGGACAGAGAGAGGAAAAGGAGCGACGAACGCAAGAAAGAGACUGAUGGCGCUGCGGCGAGUGCGCCGGCUGCGGCGGCGGGCUCGACGGCGGGCUUGGCGGAGUGGAGCUGGCUGGACAAAGCGCUGCGCCGAGCCAUGGCAGACGGGCUGCAGGGCCUUCCCCCUGCCAACGGCGACCGUCAGCUGGGAGCAGACAUAGCCGCCGCCCUAGGUCGGGCAGCGGCUGAGGCCGGCAUCGGAGCUCCCCGCAGGCAACAGG